GGAGCACUCCGGGAUGUGUAGUUUACUGCCGAUGGCAUCUGCUGGAAGAGAUAGGGACAGCGAAAAAAUGUAGCUGCAUUAGAAGGCUGCUCAUGCCGAGUAGACGACGGGGAGCCGAAACACGACGACUUGGACGGAGUAAACCCACCGUUAAUGGGUUUAUCAACACAUCAGCCCUUACUAUCGUCACUCCCGUUUACCUCGACCGACUGUUGUGGAUGGAUCACAAUUUACGUCUCACCGAGAAGCCUUCCAACACCCAGUCAUCAGCGGCAGCCAUAGCUCCGUCAUUGACGCUGGGAGAGAACUGAAACGUGCCCCUGCCAUGGCAGCCUUUAGUCACCAGAUGCUCCUUGCAGUCACAAGAUCCAGCAGGGGAUCCUAUUUGUUAUCCAAGAGGAACAGCUGCUCUUCUCUGUCUUCCAAAGCCUAUCUCCACGUAGAACCUCCUUGCCAGGUCCUGUCCCCGCUCCCACUCAGACACUCUCGCUACGGCUCCCCCCACUGUUAUCGAGGUCACGCCAUCGGCCGUGGCCGAAACUCGCCGCCGCUCGUCCGCUCUCUGCACAGCUCAGGGGUUUGGCUCCAAGAAAUAAAGCAGGAGGACACUAAAACCGCCUCCCAGGAUGCUUCCGUGGAAGGUAAAAAGUCCCAACCUCCGUCGGCUCCCAGUCCGACAUCCACCAGCGCCACCACCACACUGGCAGCCGCCCCUACGGUGCAGGAGAGGCCAGUCGUGAAAAAGGCUCUCCAUCAGAAGAUUGUCGACGAGUUGAAGCACUACUACAACGGCUUUCGGUUGCUCGGCAUCGACAUCAAGAUCGCGGGCAGGAUGGUGUGGAGGCUGCUGCACGGACAACUGCUCACACGCAGGGAGAGGAGACGGCUAUUGCGGACCUGCGCUGACCUCUUCCGGCUGGUGCCCUUCACGGUGUUCAUCAUUGUUCCUUUCAUGGAGUUCCUUCUUCCCGUCUUCCUCAAACUCUUCCCAGAGAUGCUGCCCUCCACCUUCGAGACAGAAUCCAAAAAGGAGGAGAAGCAGAAGAAAGGCCUGGCAGCGAAGCUGGAGCUGGCCAAGUUCCUCCAGGAGACCAUUGCCGAGAUGGCCCGGCGGAACAAAGCUAAAGCUUUAACGGAGGACGAGACGCAGCGCUUCUCCACAUACGUUCAGAAGGUCCGCGGCACCGGCGAGCAGCCCACCACGAAGGACAUUGUGCGGUUUUCGAAGCUGUUUGAGGACGAGCUGACGCUGGAGCACCUGGAGCGCCCCCAGCUGGUGGCCCUGUGCAAACUGCUGGAGCUGCAGCCCAUCGGCACCAACAACCUGCUGCGCUUCCAGCUGAUGAUGCAGCUCCGAACCAUCAAGGCAGACGACGAGAUGAUCGCCGCGGAGGGUGUGGCAGCUCUGAGCGUGUCAGAACUACAGGCCGCGUGUCGCAGUCGAGGGAUGAGGUCCCUGGGUCUCACCACCGACCAGCUCCAUCAGCAGAUUCAGCAGUGGCUGGACCUGCACCUGAAGGAGAACGUCCCUCCGUCCCUGCUGCUUCUCUCCAGAGCCAUGUACCUGACGGACCUCCAACCAAAACCUCCAGUCAUCCCGCCUGUUCCCAAACUGGAGAAGUCUCCUCUUCCAGCAGACAACGCCGCCGCAAACACAACCCCGGUCAGCCCCGACAUGUUGGCUGACCCCGCGCUCAUCAUCAAGGACAGACCGGUGGAGGAGAUAAGAGACGCGGCUCCGGUGGUGUCAGACAAACCUUUGACUCCCGCCGAAGUCCUUCAGGCUAAAGCAGCAACAGAGCUGUCCCAGAAGAGCAAGAUGAGCGCCAACGGUGUUUAAAGUGGAGCGGGAGACUCUGGACUGGAGAGAGAGAGGAUUCAGUCGAUUCUUUGCCCUCAGUGGAGAGGGGGGGGGGGGGGGGGGCAGACCAGCUCCAUUUCAGUAACCUGUGUUAUAUAUACACACUGUCUCAUCGGGGCUCAGAGGGACAGGGGUAGGGGAAAUCACCUCAGCUCGGAGUCCUGUCCUCUACCCGUCAAACCACCCCACCCCCCCGCCUCGGCCAGUUGGCCUGCGUGCCGUUGAGCUCUCCUGCUUUCACACUCCGUUCUCUGCCGGUCUCCGUCAGAGCGGGACAUACCAGCCAAAGACAUAACUUUGACCGUAUGUCCUGAGAAUGGACCCAACACAGUCUAGACGGUCUCCUCCUGUAAAUUUGUAAAUUUCCUGUAUAUUUGCACAUUGCAUCGCAGUGGCUCUGUACAUUUUGCUGUGCAAAGGCAAGCGCUCGUCUCUUUUAUCUGGGUACCCUUUGUGUUCCUCUUUGGGUCAAGAGAGAGGUCACACACCGGCAGGGUGACAUAGCGUAGCUGCUUUCGGUUGCAUUUAACAAAUGAGAGAGGUCACUCCUUGAAGUCAGAGGUGACUGUGGUAAAGUGCACGCUAAACCACUCACCGGACUAUCUGUAAAAAAAAAAAAAAAAUGUGCAGGUUUUAUUUGCAUAUACAGUAUAUAUUCUGUUUAAACACUAUAAUACUAAAAUUUCUUUAAAGAGAAAAUACUUGACGUUGUCCAUUGAGAUAUAUUAUUAGUAUGGGGAGCAGCUUUAAUCCUCAAGCCACAUAUGAGAUAAAUAAUAUUUUUGGUAUAUUUUAGCCCUGCUAAACGCUGUAUUUGAAAGGUUUAUUACAUCCUUGUGUAUUUCUUAAACAUGGUUGUGUGUGUUUGACAGUGCGGAAGAAUUUCCACCCUUCUUUUUACAUUUGGCGUAUCUUUGCGUUGACAUAUUUUCCCUCUUUGCUUUUAUCCAGAGAAACAUCCCAAAAGCAGAUGCCAUCAGUAAAAGGAUAUUUUUCCAACAAAAUAAUUUGAAUAUUGGUUUUACAUAUGUGCCUACGGUUGAAUGGCAAUAGUGUCUGCAUUUUUCAUCAGAUCUUCUAUAUUGUGCCAUUUUCAGUUUUUGAUUGGUCAGUCACCUCUGUGUGUUUAAGGUGCCCUGGUAAAAAUGUUCCUUUAAGUAGAAUGUCUCCCUUUUUUCCUUCCCUAUUUGAUCCAAGUAUCAAUCCAAAUUACUAUGGUCAACUGUGUUGAUACCGAUGAAAAAGCAAUCACCUUUUCAAUCAGCUCUGCAUAAAUAAAUGACUCACAACAGUUCUCUGCUGCCAUAUAACAACCAGAAGGUAACAUUAACAGCAUUUAUUUUUGUAAAAGAGAAAUGUCCGUGCGCUUCAACACCUGUUAUUGAGCUUUUGAGACAAGAUGUGUCUGUUACUCAUGUUUUUUUUUUGGAGUUUCUGAUGUUGACUGGUUCGAGAUUCCUGCUCUGCCUCAGAGACGCUGCAACUGAAAAACACAAGGUUGUACUUUUCUGUCUGUUAUUUGAAAGAGAACGCAUCGAUUACAUCCAUCUACAGAUAUUCCAUCUUGCCCUAAAUAAUCUUCCUUGCUAUACCUCUUUUAUAAACACCAUGUCUGUCUCCCUACUGCCGUCUCACGUGGGACAUUUCGGCCAUCAGGAUGUGUCCUCUGUCUUUAAGGAUUAUUUCUUUCAGUUACAUUUUUUUUUUAAGAAGAAUCACACCGCUGUCCAGUUCCACCUCACCUUGCAUUGAAUGUAUGCAUCACCUGACCAGGGCAAAUUAAAUUCAUCAAACCCUU